UUGGCUGGUUCUGGAUGACCUCGGUCACUGCGUGCCCAGUCGGUCACUGGUCCAAUCUGGACACACUCGAUCCAGCUGCCACCUGGCUGGUUCUGGUGAUCGGGUCUGCUGUCCAGCUGGCUGUUCUGGUGGACUGGUCUGCUGCCAGUCUGGCUGGUUUGGUGACUGGGUCAGUGCAGCUGGUGUUCUGUCAUGAUGUACAAAUGUAGUUGCAGUUUCUGUCGGUGUGGGUGCGUUCUGUAAUCGCUUAACUUGUGAUGUGUUGUCUACAGUGACUGCUGGUAGAGCUUUGUCUGUGAUCUGCGUGCGUGUGUGUGUGUGUGUGUGUGUGUGUGCGCGUGUGUUUGUCUGUGUGCGUGUGUUUUUGCUGUGUGUUUGUUAGGUUUGUGAGUGGAUAGUCAGAGAGACAGUAACUCAGGCUACAUGUAAGCCUGUGUGUUUGCAUAUCUCGUGUGUGUGUGUGUGUGUGUGUGUGUGUGUGUACAUGUGUGUGUGUGUACGUGUGUGUGUGUGUGUGUACGUGUGUGUGUGUGUGUGUGUGUGUGUGUGUGUGUGUGUGUACAGCACAGCAUAUGCUCCAGUGUAUUUUUAACCAUGUGUCCGGGAGCUUGUUUAUACUGGGCUCAUGUACCCCUGUGUCAUCACCACGCACACACACACACACGCACGCACACACACGCACACACACACACACACACACACACACACGUACACACACACACGUACACACACACACGCACACACACACACACACACACACACACACACUCGCAUUGACUUCCCUGGAAGAGUCUGGUUCCUUGGAAAAUGUGUUCCUUCUCUUGGCAGUGAUUUUCCUGGCGGCUGUUGCUAGACUUCAUUUUGUUAAAAGGAAGAACCGUUCUAUGACAAACUUAGUAAAAAAAAGUACUGUGUGAGGUUGGAUUAGUAGAAAUGGUUGUAAUAAAGAUGGUCUAACGUGUCUCGUUUCAGAGCCGUCAGCCAGUCCAGCGAAGGAUAACCACAGGAUGAACAGCUACAAGAACAAAGCCCUGAAUGUGGAGGAGAUGAGGCGCAGGAGAGAGGAGGAAGGAAUCCAGCUUAGGAAGCAGAAACGGGAGCAACAGGUACAGAGCAUAACCCACCUGUAUAGCACCUAGCACGGCUAGCCCCACUGCUGGUGUCUAAACAGGAGAGAGGAGAUACAGAGCAUAACCCACCUGUAUAGCACCUAGCACAGCUAGCCCCACUGCUGGUGUCUAAACAGGAGAGAGGAGAUACAGAGCAUAACCCACCUGUAUAGCACCUAGCACAGCUAGCCCCACGUGGUGUCCUUAACAGAGAGAGGAAUACAGAGCAUAACCCCACCUGUAUAGCACCUAGCACAGCUAGCCCCACUGCUGGUAGUGGUCUAAACAGAGAGGGGAAAGAACAGAGAUAAACCCACCUGUAUAGCACCUAGCAACCGGCUAGCCCCACUGCGGGUGUCUAAACAGGGAGAGAGGAGAUACAGAGCAGAACCCACACUGAUAGCACCUAGCACAGCUAGCCCCACUGCUGGUGUCUAAACAGGAGAGAGGAGGUACGGAGCAUAACCCACCUGUAUAGCACCUAGCACGGCUAGCCCCACUGCUGGUGUCUAAACAGGAGGUAGAAGGGCACCUAGCUCAGGAAGCCGAAACUAGAGCAACAUUAAUGUAGCACCUAUAAAACACACACACACACACACACACACACCACACACACACACACACACACACACACACACUGCUGUGCUGUUUCUCUCCUGUACUUGGCAGCUCUUCAAGAGGAGAAACGUUGACAUGUUGAACGAGGAGGGAGUCAUGUUUGAGAGUCCACUGGUCGACUCAUACGUCACCUCCACAGCCACAGAGGAAGGAGUCCUGACUAAAGACCUGGUGGAGAUGCUCUUCUCAGAGGACCCAGAGCUCCAACUCACCACAACACAGACGUUCAGGAAACUACUGUCCAAAGGUACCAGGCUGUUCAGUGAAUAUCAUCAGGUUAUUCUGUAGCCUGUCUGUGUAUUAGCCGUGCUCUUCACUCACUGUUGUCUCUCCUGGUCCUGGGGACCCUCAGGGUGUUGCUGGUCCUGGGGACCCUCAGGGUGUUGUCCCUCCUGGUCCUGGGGACCCUCAGGGUGUUGCUGGUCCUGGGGACCCUCAGGGUGUUGCUGGUCCUGGGGACCCUCAGGGUGUUGUCUCUCCUGGUCCUGGGGACCCUCAGGGUGUUGCUGGUCCUGGGGACCCUCAGGGUGUUGCUGGUCCUGGGGGUGUUGCUGGUCCUGGGGGUGUUGCUGGUCCUGGGGACCCUCAGGGUGUUGUCACGCCUGGUCCUGGGAACCCUCAGGGUGUUGUCCCUCCUGGUCCUGGGGACCCUCAUGGUGUUGUCCCUCCUGGUCCUGGGGACCCUCAGGGUGUUGUCACGCCUGGUCCUGGGGACCCUCAGGGUGUUGCUGGUCCUGGGGACCCUCAGGGUGUUGCUGGUCCUGGGGACCCUCAGGGUGUUGUCUCUCCUGUUCCUGGGAACCCUCAGGGUGUUGUCCCUCCUGGUCCUGGGGACCCUCAGGGUGUUGUCACGCCUGGUCCUGGGAACCCUCAGGGUGUUGUCCCUCCUGGUCCUGGGGACCCUCAGGGUGUUGUCACGCCUGGUCCUGGGGACCCUCAGGGUGUUGCUGGUCCUGGGGACCCUCAGGGUGUUGCUGGUCCUGGGGACCCUCAGGGUGUUGUCACGCCUGGUCCUGGGAACCCUCAGGGUGUUGUCCCUCCUGGUCCUGGGGACCCUCAGGGUGUUGUCACGCCUGGUCCUGGGGAUCCUCAGGGUGUUGCUGGUCCUGGGGACCCUCAGGGUGUUGUCUCUCCUGGUCCUGGGGACCCUCAGGGUGUUGUCCCUCCUGGUCCUGGGGACCCUCAGGGUGUUGUCUCUCCUGGUCCUGGGGACCCUCAGGGUGUUGUCCCUCCUGGUCCUGGGGACCCUCAGGGUGUUUCUGGUCCUGGGGAUCCUCAGGGUGUUUCUGGUCCUGGGGACCCUCAGGGUGUUGCUGGUCCUGGGGACCCUCAGGGUGUUGCUGGUCCUGGGGACCCUCAGGGUGUUGUCUCUCCUGGUCCUGGGGACCCUCAGGGUGUUGUCCCUCCUGGUCCUGGGGACCCUCAGGGUGUACAGGCUGUUGCUCCAAGCCCAGCCCGGCACUAACACAGCUGAUUAAGCUACCUCCCUCUAGGGUGGUGAAGGUUGUGAGUCCAUGGUGCUAAUUGUUAGACACUUUCUCAUAUAUUCUGUGUCUGAUCUUGUUCCAGAACCCAAUCCACCUAUUGACGAGGUCAUCAACACCCCAGGCAUUGUAGAGAGGUUGGUAGAGUUCCUGAAGAGGAGCGUCAACUGCACAUUACAGGUGAGACCUUAAUAUAAAAGUUAACCCAGACUGGAAAACUGGAGGAUGUUCAGUCUUGAGUAGCUAGUAAUUCAUUGUGGAUAUCUUUGGCAAUUAUUGCAGUCACAAUAACAUUUCUGUCAUUGUAUGUUUUUGUAUAAUCGAGUUUUAUUAUCAAUAUCAGUGUGUCAUUAAUAAAGUCUCUGUCUGUGUAGUUUGAGGCGGCGUGGGCGCUGACCAACAUAGCGUCAGGUACGUCCAUGCAGACUAACAUAGUAAUCGAGGCGGGAGCAGUACCCAUCUUCAUAGAACUACUCAACUCUGACUUUGAAGAUGUUCAGGAACAGGUAAGGCCAACACUACAUCUAAACAGGCAUGGAAAAAUGGAUUACAAGACUGUCUUUCAUUUCUACCUAGUUUUGCGCUCUCUCUCUCCCCUCUCUUCUCUCUCUCUCUCUCUCUCUCUCUCUCCCCUCUCUUCUCUCCUUUCUUUCUCUCUCUCUCCUCCUCUCUCCUUUCUCUCCCUCUCUCUCCCCUCCCCUCUCUUCUCUCCUUUCUUUCUCCCUCUCCUUUCUCUCUCUCUCUCUCUCUCCUCCUCUCUCAGGCGGUGUGGGCUUUGGGUAACAUAGCAGGGGACAGUCCAGUGUGCAGAGACUACGUACUCAACUGUAAUAUCCUACCACCACUAUUAAUGCGAGUACACAAUCACACACUACUGUUUUUGUUGGAAGUAUCAGUGAAAGCAGAGUUGAAAGUCUUGUGUCCUCUGAUAUCUACUACUCCACAUAAGACGUUCGCUCAUGGCUCCUCUCCCCUGUUCCUCUCUCCAGGCUUCUGACCAAAUCCACCAGACUGACCAUGACUAGGAAUGCAGUGUGGGCUCUGUCCAACCUGUGCAGGGGGAAGAGCCCCCCACCUGUAUUUGAGAAGGUAAGACACAAACCCCAUAUUCAUUUAGCAUGUGCUGAUCUGAGAUCAGUGUUGCCAUUUAGAUCGUAAUUAAUCAGAUUACACGGACAGGGGAGACCUGAUCCCACAUCAGCUCUCCUACUAUGAGACACUGUAUGAAUAUGGCUCCAGAUCUCUGAGCCGCUGUAUGAAUAUGGCUCCAGAUCUCUGAGACACUGUAUGAAUAUGGCUCCAGAUCUGUGAGACGCUGUAUGAAUAUGGCUCCAGAUCUGUGAGACGCUGUAUGAAUAUGGUUCCAGAUCUCUGAGCCGCUGUAUGAAUAUGGCUCCAGAAUAUGGCUCCAGAUCUCUGAGCUGCUGUAUGAAUAUGGCUCCAGAUACUGUAUGAAUGGCUCCAAUGGCUCAGAUCUCUGAGACUGUAUGAAUAUGGCUCCAGAUCUCUGAGACGCUGUAUGAAUAUGGCUCCAGAUCUCUGAGACGCUGUAUGAAUAUGGCUCCAGAUCUCUGAGACCUGUAUGAUAUGCUCCAGAUCUCUGAGACGCUGUAUGAAUAUGGCUCCAGAUCUUGAGACGUGUAUGAAUAUGGCUCCAGAUCUCUGAGACGCUGUAUGAAUAUGGCUCAGAUUGGCUCCAGAUCUCUGAGACGCUGUAUGAAUAUGGCUCAGAUCUUGAGCCUGUAUGAAUAUGGCUCCAGAUCUCUGAGACCUGUAUGAAUAUGGCUCCAGAUCUCUGAGACGACUGUAAUUGAAUAUGGCUCCAGAUCUCUGAGACGCGUAUGAAUAUGGCUCCAGAUCUCUGAGACGCUGUAUGAAUAUGGCUCCAGAAUAUGGCUCCAGAUCUCUGAGACGCUGUAUGAAUAUGGCUCCAGAUCUCUGAGACGCUGUAUGAAUAUGGCUCCAGAUCUAUGAGACACUGUAUGAAUAUGGCUCCAGAAUAUGGCUCCAGAUCUCUGAGACUCUGUAUGAAUAUGGCUCCAGAUCUCUGAGACGCUGUAUGAAUAUGGCUCCAGAUCUCUGAGACGCUGUAUGAAUAUGGCUCCAGAUCUCUGAGACGCUGUAUGAAUAUGGCUCCAGAUCUCUGAGACGCUGUAUGAAUAUGGCUCCAGAUCUCUGAGACGCUGUAUGAAUAUGGCUCCAGAAUAUGGCUCCAGAUCUCUGAGAUGCUGUAUGAAUAUGGCUCCAGAUCUCUGAGACACUGUAUGAAUAUGGCUCCAGAUCUCUGAGCCGCUGUAUGAAUAUGGCUCCAGAAUAUGGCUCCAGAUCUCUGAGACGCUGUAUGAAUAUGGCUCCAGAUCUCUGAGACACUGUAUGAAUAUGGCUCCAGAAUAUGGCUCCAGAUCUCUGAGCCGCUGUAUGAAUAUGGCUCCAGAAUAUGGCUCCAGAUCUCUGAGCCGCUGUAUGAAUAUGGCUCCAGAUCUCUGAGACGCUGUAUGAAUAUGGCUCCAGAUCUCUGAGCCGCUGUAUGAAUAUGGCUCCAGAUCUCUGAGCCGCUGUAUGAAUAUGGCCCCAGAUCUCUGAGCCGCUGUAUGAAUAUGGCCCCAGAUCUCUGAGAUGCUGUAUGAAUAUGGCCCCAGAUCUCUGAGAUGCUGUAUGAAUAUGGCUCCAGAAUAUGGCUCCAGAUCUCUGAGACGCUGUCCGAAUCGCUACAAACUAAUGUAGAAAGAUGAGACUCUCACGAACACAAUUGUGUUUUCCGUUCUGCUCUACGACCCCCACAAGUGUCACGGGACUCGUCUGAUGGUAACCGGUACGGUUUAAAAAAUGAAUGGAAUUAUGGAGUAGUUUUGUGCCUCUACCCAAAAAAAGGGGUUAAAUAUGUGUAAAAAAAAUUGAAUAUUUCCUGAUCCUUCUUAUGUCUCCUAGAUAAAGGACAGAGACCUUAUUCCUUAUUAUUUAAUUUUGGCUUUUUUUGGGGGGGGCAGUUUUUUUUUUUUUUUACAUCUAAAGGGGUCCUAAAAUUCUAUAUAAAAUAGCUAAAUGAUCCAUGUUAUGACCAUCUUAAAACAAUUCCAUAUGUCAGCUUAGUAAUAUGAAUCCCUCUUGUUUGGUGUGUGCUCCCAUAACCACAACCACUCUCCUUUCUCCUGUUUAGUGUGUAUGCUGCUACAUUCACAGCUCCUUGAAUCUAAACCGUAACCGCUAGCUCAAAUAAAUAAGGAGGUUCACAACUUGGGAGUUGAAACCAGUCGUUCAUUGAGUUCUGAAUCUAAACCGUAACCGCUAGCUAGAUGAAGUCAGGCUUUUGACAUCCAGACGCCUAUGGGGCCCUGAUCACAGCUAGUGCACUAUGUAGGGAAUGAGGUGCCAUUUGACUCAAUUUGGGUGCCGUGUUAUGCCCGGCUGUUAGCUAGCUAGCUGAUGGUUUAAUCUGCUAGUGACUCUGGCCAGCCAGAACAUAAAAGCCCCAGUGACUCAGAGACUGAGCAUGUGACCAGGGGAUGGUAUGUGACGAGGCAGGAGUUUCUCUCACCCUGUAAAUCUCUCAAUAGUCUAAAGUGUUAUCCCUCUCUUCAGCUCUGUUUCUCUACUGUCAUUAAUGUUACAGGGACAGGAAGGCAUUUUUUUUACUAUUUCAGAUUCACUCAGGGUGAGAAUACACUUAGAUGGUUCCCUUGCCUGUCACCUUUCCCUUACGGUAACAGUAAUGGGACGUUAUAGGGUCAGAGAGGGCAUGGCAUUCGGCCCUAUCAGUAGUGCUAAAGGAGAGAUGUUCGAGUAUCGCUUUCCUCGUAUCGAAAUCAUUGACUUAGCACAGAAUGCAUUCUACAAAGAGAACAUCAAACAAGAGUUCACAGCGUGAUGUCAGAAACGUCAUAUCAGAAUGAGAAUGUCAGAGUUCACAGCGUGAUGUCAGAUAGGUCAUAUCAGAAUGAGAAUGUCAGAGUUCACAGUGUGAUGUCAUAUCAGAAUGAGAAUGUCAGAGUUCACAGCGUGAUGUCAUAUCAGAAUGAGAAUGUCAGAGUUCACAGCGUGAUGUCAUAUCAGAAUGAGAAUGUCACAGUUCACAGCGUGAUGUCAGAAACGUCAUAUCAGAAUGAGAAUGUCAGAGUUCAGAGUGUGAGGGGAGGUCACAUUUCUGUUUGUACACUUGUUUAAAUGGAUAUGCUUCUUAAUAAAGCCCAUUUGAAACAUGCCAUUUACACUUUGUUAUUAUCAUGGCAUUUCAUUAUUAUUCAGGGUUAUUACUUGGCAUUUCUUCAUUUGUUGAUUAAUACUUCCAAGUUGGAAAGGAUCUGUCGCAUUUACACAGCAUUAAUGGAGUCAGAAUAAAGAUAUACGUCUACCUUGUCCUUGGUUGGCUUUUCUGCAUAUACAUAUAUAUAUUUUUUAUACAGAUCCUAUUUAGAUGCACAAAAUAAUUUUAAUGAUGUAUGAUGGGUUUUCUCCCACUUUUCCCAAAAUAUUCACAUAACGUCACAAACCCUGCUGCUGCGGUCAUUCGAUUGCAGUGGCAUUGACCUAUGAUCUUCAAAGAGAGGACACCGUAAUUUAGAGAAAUAAUGUAGCCUAAGCUACUGAAAAUAGGCCUUUUUACAAGAUUCAAUAAUGACAGGAGCGUUUGAUUUUAUUAAAGAGAGAGAAUCCAGAGAGAGGCUACAGGGAACCUUCUGAACGGACAUAUAGGCCUAUAGAGGGAAUCAGCGAACUCACGCACACCCCUGUAAAAGCAUCCGUCAAUCAAAGCCACCAGCGUAUAUGUCAGACGCAAGCAAAUAUUUAUCCUUUCCUUAAAACAUUUUUUUUAAAACCUAAGCCUACCUUUUGGCUUUUGAAAGUAGGCUAGAAGAUCAUGAAUUGACAAGGAAAGUUAUGAAGUGGACAGCUACGCUGUAGUAUGACGAUGAAAUGUGACGAUUAUUAUUAAAUGGAAACAAAUACAUGCAACAUGUCCAUAGCCUAUUUAUCAGCCACGCUGAUUAUCGAGGAGGAGGAUGUUGGAAAGAUUUUUAAAAUACUGUGAGGAACUACUAUAAUUUCAAUGGAUGUAAAAAAUACAAAUAAAAAUAAAUGUUAAAAGUGUGUAGCCCAAAAUGUUCAGAUCCUACAGACAGAAGUCGGGAGAACCGACUUACUCACUCACUCACGUCAUUUAGCUCUUAUCCAGAGCGACUUACAGGAGCAAUUAAGGUUAAGUGCCUUGCUUAAGGGCACAUCGACAGAUUUUUCACCUAGUCUGCUCAGGGAUUAGAACCAGCGGCCUUUCGGUUACUGGCACAACGCUCUUAGUCCCAAGUCCCAAGACGCUUGUGGGGGUCGUAGAGCAACAUGGAGAACACCAUUGUGUUCCAUAGAGGGUCAUAAUACACUGAACAAAAAUAUAAACGCAACAUGUAAAGUUUUGGUCCCAUGUUUCAUGAGCUGAAAUAAAAAAAUUGCAAAUUUUCCAGAUGCACAAAAAGCUUAUUUCUCUCAUUUUGUGCACACAUUUGUUUACAUAUUUGUUAGUGAGCAUUUCUCCUUUGCCAAGAUAAUCCAUCCACCUGACAGGUGUGGCAUAUCAAGAAGCUGAUUAAACAGCAUGAUCAUUACACAGGUGCACCCUUGUGCUGGGGACAAUAAAAGGCCAAUCUAAAAUGUGCAGUUUUGUCACACAACACAAUGCUACAGAUGUCUCAAGUUUUUGAGGGAGCAUGCAAUUGGCAUGCUGACUGCAGGAAUGUCCACCAGAGUUUUUGCCCGAGAAUUGAAUGUUCAUUUCUCUACCAUAAGCCGCCUCCAAUGUUGUUUUAGAGAGUUUGGCAGUACUUCCAACCGGCCUCACAACCUCAGGCCACGUGUAACCACGCCAGCCCAGGACCUCCACAUCCGGCUUCUUCACCUGCGGUAUCGUCUGAGACUAGCCACCCGGACAGCUGAUGAAACAGGAGUGUUUCUGUCUGUAAUAAAGCCCUUUUGUGGGGAAAAACUCAUUCAGAUUGGCUGGGCUUGACUCCCCAGUGGCUGAACCCCUGCCCAGUUAUGUGAAAUCCAUACAUUAGGGCCUAAUUCAUUUAUUUCAAUUGAUUUAUUUACUUAUAUGAACUAUAACUCAGUAAAAACUUUCAAAUUGUUGCAUUUAUAUUUUUGUUCAGUAUAGUUUGUAGGCCAAACCGUUCGGACGCUACAGACGAUUUUGUGAGUAGACCGAUUUUCUUGAUGUCAUGGUCUGACAAACACCGCUCUAGCUCUGUCACGUUUCACCGCAGAUGCAGAAGUGCGACAUCAGCGGAUGCGGUGGAUUGAGACACAUCCAUUGCAAAAAAAAACAUAUCUCUAGCUUAAACUGACAGAUCUUUAUGGAUAUUUAUGCUAAUUCGAUUUCUGCGGGGGCGCUGACAUCGAUUCUAGGGGGUUAACAGAAAUUAAUGUAACCAAAUGACAGGGAUUAACGGUAAAUUGCCUGUUUUGCGAACGGUAGGCUACCACAUGGGCAUUCAUUAAAAGUGCAUUGUGGGUCGACACUGUAUGGCUACUAUUCUCCUUUACAGGGAUAGGAGGGUGGCCAUUUUUUUUUUGGGGGGGGGGGGUCUCUCCAAGGGCGGCAUAUCGGCCAGGACCGGGGCUGAUCAGCGUUGAUUAGUCUAUAAAUUAACAAAAUAUUCCGUAUAAAAUUAUACCAUGCCAGGUUGAAGAGGAUUGGCCCAUUGUCCAUCUGACACAACAUUAGCCCAUUAUAGUCAAUUUUUUACUGAAGUGCCAUUAGCGUUUUACACCCCCAGCGCAUCUAGCAGGUUAGCUCCUCAAGCGUCAAAGGACAGUUGGAAAGAGGAGAUGUAGAAAGUUUAAUGUACAGACAAAGUUAGCAAAACAAUUCCUUAUAAUCAUUAGUAAAGACUCCUGCUGUUGGAAAGUAUUCAGACCCCUUCCCUUUUUCCGCAUUUUGUUAUGUUACAGCCUUCUUCUAAAAUUGAUAUCAUAUAUUAUGGGGUAUUGUGUGUAGAUUUGAGAUUUUUUCUAAAUUAUAUUGAUCGGACAUGAUUUGGAAAGGCACACACCUGUCUAUAUAAGGUCCCACAGUUGACAGUGCAUGUCAGAGCAAAAACCAAGCAAUGAGGUCGAAGGAAUUGUCCGUAGAGCUCCGAGACAGGAUUGUGUCGAGGCACAGAUCUGGGGAAGGGUACAAAAAAAAAUCUGCAGCAUUGAAGGUCCCCAAGAACACAGUGGCCUCCAUCAUUCUUGAAUGGAAGAAGUUUGGAACCACCAAGACUCUUCCUAGAGCUGGCCACCUGGCCAAACUGAGCAAUCGGGGAGAGAAGGGCCUUGGUCAGGGAGGUGACCAAGAACCCGAUGGUCACUCUGACAGUGCUCUAGAGUUCCUCUGUGGUGAUGGGAGAACCUUCCAGAAGGACAACCAUCUCUGCAGCACUCCACCAAUCAGGCCUUUAUGGUAGAGUGGCCAGAUGGAAGCCACUCCUCAGUAAAAGGCACAUGACAGCCCACUUGGAGUUUGCCAAAAGGCACCUAAAGGACUCUCAGACCAUGAGAAACAAGAUUCUCUGGUCUGAUGAAACCAAGAUUGAACUCUUUGGCCUGAAUGCCAAGUGUCACGUCUGGAGGAAACCUGGCACCAUCCCUACGGUGAAGCAUGGUGGUGGCAACAUUAUGCAGUGGGGAUGUUUUUCGACGGCAGGGACUGGGAGACUAGUCAGGAUCGAGGGAAAGAUGAACGGAGCAAAGUACAGCGAGAUCCUUGAUGAAAACCUGCUCCAGAGUGCUCAGGACCUCAGACUGGGGCAAAGGUUCACCUUCCAACAGGACAACGACACUUAGCACACAGCCAAGACAAUGCAGGAGUGGCUUUGGGACAAGUCUCUGAAUGUCCUUGAGUGGCCCAGCCAGAGCCCGGACUUGAACCCGAUCUAACAUCUCUGGAGAGACCUGAAAAUAGCUGUGCAGCGAAGCUGACCAUCCAAACUGACAGAGCUUGAGAGGAUCUGCAGAGAAGAAUGGGAGGAACUCCCCAAAUACAGGUGUGUCAAGCUUUUAGCGUCAUACCCAAGAAGACUCAAGGCUGUAAUCGCUGCCAAAGGUGCUUCAACAAAGUACUGAGUAAAGGGUCUGAAUACUUAUGUAAAUGUGAUAUUUCAGUUUAUUUUUUUACGGCCAAGACUUGUCUAAACUGUUUUUGCUUCGUCAUUAUGGGGUGUUUGUGUGUAGAUUGAGGAUGUUUUCUUUUUUUAAUCCAUUUUACAAUAAGGCUGUAACGUAAACAAUGUGGAAAUAUUCAAGGGGUCUGAAUACUUUCCGAAGGCACUGUCGGUAAAGUGAAUGUAUUUAAGCGGUUUAGACCGUAAUUUGAUUUUCAUCACGGUCUUCAUCCAUGACCGUCAGUUACACGGUUAUUCAAUCACCGUCACAGUCUCUAGCCCACACCAUGGCCCAUAUUACUGAAGCUUCCCUUUCCCCAUUCUACCGUCCAUUCACCCGCAUAUUACAUGUCAUAAACCACUUUUUUUAAACUACUAGCGGGACCCUUGUUUUUGGUUUGAUAACAAAUGACCUUGUUUAGUCAUGGUACCUAGCUAGCGAAUAACCUAGUAACUUGACCAAUAGGCUAUGCACACAUUUGUAUGGCACAAGAAAAACUUUAAAAAGGGGUAAAUAGCCUAGUAAAAGAGAUGUGCUUCUAAGGUAGGAUGGAUAUUUUCGGGUGAUUCUCAUGAAACCAGUUUUAAAAUGUCUGCAGCAAAAUCAACUAUCAUUCGGAGGACUAAGAUGUUUUCGUUUUUGGGAUAGUGUCUUAUUUUAAAUACAUUUUUAAAUUUUUGCCUGCAUUUUGCAUAUUUUCACCCCAAAUUCUCAUUACCGAAAUGCGUCCGGUUAAAUUCUCCAGUCAUUUUAAUUAGGAUUUUUUUGUUGAAAAACCUAACUUAUUUGAAUAAAACACUAAAGAUAUGGUGCUGUAGUUUGUCCAUAAAUCAUAAAAAUGGUAUGUUAGUUGAAGUUUACAUGAAACUAUAAUAUUUAUUAUGUCAGUGAACAUGUCUCAUUACCGUAACAUUUCUUUUCAAGUUCCUGUUAAAAACUCCAAAUCAGUUUUUAAAUAGUCACCCAUGAUGCAUCAUCUAGAGAAGUAGUCCUUAGAUGAGCACAAGUUAAUUUAUUCGCUUAUGUCUUCUGAAUGAGGUUCUUGUUCUCCAACACCCCAUUUACCCCACUUGGCCUUCUCAAUACUGAAACGGCUAAAGAGCUAAAAUUGCGGAAAAGUGAUCAUUUUAUUUUCAUAAUAAUUGUAUGAUUUCAUUUGAAAUAUUUUAUUUUCAGUGUUAUGUUUAACUCCGGCCUUUUCAUUAGCAAUGUUAUAAAACUAUUAGAAAUAUUGAUUUGUUUUACCUUUAUGGACUUUGAAAAAUGUUGCGUAGUGAGAAUUUAGAAAAUGUUGGUAAAAUGCAUAAAAUCUGAUCAAAAAACAUAGUUAUGAAAUAGAUAAGGACAGAUCCUAAUCUCAGUGAUUCAAGAGGACAUUUCUUGAAGAUGACACUUAGUCGACUGGUCGAUUGUUCGGUCGACUGAGAUUAUAUAUAUUUUUUUAAGCAGUUGUAUAAAACACUGAUUCACGGGAUGAAACAAUCCAUCACUCUUAAGAUGUGCCACUGAAAAUGUAUAUUAUUAUAUUAACUAAUAACACUAAUAAAAAUUAUAUUUUAUAACCAUGGCUUUGUCCCGCGUUGGAUAGCGGUCACUGUCCGCUGUUCUGAAACAUAAUCUUCAGUGCGCCAUUGAAUUGGUGCCUUUCCCUAGACCAUGUUACUAUGUGCAUAAUAGUGAAGUUAACAAGCACAUUGGUGUUGAGAACAAUGUGGUGGAGGCAGGAAGUGGAGUGAGGUAAUUAGGAAACAGCCCUUGCCUUUAAAGUGGAACUGACAUCGUUUUAACUACUUUGCAGAUAUGAAACAGACAAUCCAUAAUGUCAGUCAAAAAAAUCUAAUUCCCAGUCCCCCAGGUCAAUAGGCUAGACUGUCCCCGUCUGGCCUCCAGGUCAUAAGUCGACUGUCCCCCUGUCUGUCCUCUGUCCCCCCAGGUGUCUCCAUGUCUGCAGGUCCUCUCUAGACUGUUGUUCAGCAGUGAUCCAGACCUGUUAGCGGACGCCUGCUGGGCCCCUGUCCUACAUCUCUGAUAGAAGACACUAACUGUCCCCCUGUCUGUCCUCUGUCCCCCCAGGUGUCUCCCUGUCUGCAGGUCCUCUCUAGACUGUUGUUCAGCAGUGAUCCAGACCUGUUAGCGGACGCCUGCUGGGCCCUGUCCUACCUCUCCGAUGGACCCAACGAGAAGAUCCAGGCUGUCAUCGACUCCGGCGUCUGCAGGCGCCUCGUAGAACUGCUCAUGUCAGUGUGUGUGUGUGUGUGACUGCAGCCACCUCCACUUCAGGGGGCUCAGCGGUAGUAACUUUGAAUGUGUUUUCUCUCUGUCAGGCACACAGACUACAAGGUGGCGUCUCCUGCUCUGAGGGCAGUGGGGAACAUCGUUACUGGUGACGACAUCCAGACACAGGUGGUGUUGAACUGUUCAGCCCUUCCCUGUCUGCUCCACCUCCUGAGUAGUGCUAAAGAGUCCAUCCGUAAAGAAGCCUGCUGGACCGUCUCCAACAUCACAGCUGGCAACAGGGCUCAGAUACAGGUGAGGUCCAGACAUUACUCAGGCAUACAGACACUACAGGUACCACACAGAUACACAGAGAUGUUCAUGAUAUGUGGACAACCCUUCAAAUGAGUGGAUUCGUCUAUUUCAGACACACCCGUUGCUGACAGGUGUAUAAAAUCGAGCACACAGCCAUGCAAUCUCCAAAGACAAACAUUGACAGUAGAAUGGCCUUGCUGAAGAGCUCAGUGACUUUCAAAGUGGCACCGUCAUAGGAUGCCACCUUUCCAACAAGUCAUUUCGUAACAUUUCUCCUCUCCUAGAGCUGCUCCCGAUCAACUGUAAGUGCUGUUAUUGUGAAGUGGAAAUGUCUAGGAGCAACAAUGCUCAGCCGCGAAGUGGUAGGCCACACAAGCUCACAGAGCGGGACCGCCAAGUGCUGAAGCGCAUAGCGCGUAAAAAUCGUCUGUCCUCGGUUGCAACACUCACUAUUGAGUUGCCAAACUGCCUCUGGAAGCAGCAUCCAGCACAAGAACUGUUCGUUGGGAGCUUCAUGAAAUGGGUUUCCAUGGCUGAGCAGCCGCACACAAGCCUAAGAUCACCAUGCGCAAUGCCAAGCGUCGGCUGGAGUGGUGUAAAGCUCGCCGCCAUUGGACUCCAUUGAGCAGUGGAAACGCGUUCUCUGGUGUGAUGAAUCACGCUUCACCAUCUGGCAGUCCGAAGGACGAAUCUGGGUUUGGCAGAUGCCAGGAGAACGCUACCUGCCCGAAUGCAUAGCGCCAACAGUAAGGUUUGGUGGAGGAGGAAUAAUGGUCUGGGGCUGUUUUUCAUGGUUCGGGCUAUGCCCCUUAGUUCCAGUGAAGGGGAAAUCUUAACGCUACAGCAUACAAGGACAUUCUAGAUGAUUCUGUGCUUCCAACUUUGGCAACAGUUUUAAGAAGGCCCUUUCCUGUUUCAGCAUGACAAUGCCCCCGUGCACAAAGCGAGGUCCAUACAGAAAUGGUUUGUCGAUCGGUGUGGAAGAACUUUACUGGCCUGCACAGAGCCCUGACCUCAACCCCAUCACACCUUUUGGGAUGAAUUGGAACGCCGGCUGCAAGCCAGGCCUAAUCGCCCAACGUCAGUGCCCCGACCUCACUAAUGCUCUUGUGGCUGAAUGGAAGCAAGUCCCCUGCAGCAAUGUUCCAACAUCUAGUGGAAAGCCUUCCCAGAAGAGUGGAGGCUGUUAUAGCAACAAAGGCGGGACCAACUCCAUAUUAAUGCCCAUGAUUUUAGAAUGAGAUGUUCGAUGAGCAGGUGUCCACAUACCUUUGGCCAUGUAGCGUAUCUUUUACUUGUAUGUAAUUUAGUACUGUUUCCACCACUGCUUAUGUGGGGGAUAAAUUGCCACAACACACACAGGCAAGGGGAUUCGGUGUCCUCUGCCUAGCUUCUCCCAACGUAGAACAAACUCCAAAAAUAAAUGUUUACGCCACCAAGAGGUACUUUUGUAAGAGAAUGACGUAAACGCUAUUAGACAUUCAUGGUAAAUCACCGUGUACUGUCUGUAUUCCUACUGUAGCAGCAUGGUUGUAGAAUAUUACACUCUCAGAGACGCACGUUAGCUAGCUAGCUACGACACGUUGUACAGAUGUCCAACGAGCAGGUGUCCACAUACAGCCACCGUACUCCACAGUUACAGAUGCAUAACACAGACUGGUACAGUUCAGACCACUAUACAGAUCCAAAGAAAUAUUCCAAGACCUAGGUAUUAGGUAUUCUCUUAGUCUUUAGUUUGAAUAAAGGAAAUCAGGUUUGUGCCGCUCUCUAGUUUAGUUUAGUUAGUUAGCUGUCAUCUUUCUAUCUAACUACUCAUACUUUUCUAUGUUCUUCCUCUCCUCCUCUCUCAUUCCUCCUCUCCUCUACUAGACGGUGAUCGAUGCCAACAUCUUCCCUGUGCUGAUCGACAUCCUGCAGAAGGCAGAGUUUAGAACCAGGAAGGAAGACAGCCGGGCCACACUAACGACACACUACGGAGGAAUGCCUGAACACCCCCCCCCCCCCCCCGUUCAGGUAUGAAGCUACACCACCUCACCAGACAGAUAGAUAUGACCACCCUCCACCAGGACAGAAUAGAUAUGACCACGCACCAGGACAGAUUAGAUAGACCCACCUCACCAGGACCAGAGAGAUAUGGACCCACCUCCACCAGGAAAGAUAGAUAUGACCCACCUCCACCCGGACUCAGAUUAGAUAUGACCCACAACACCGGACAGUUAGAUAUGACCCACCCCACCUCCACCAGGACAAUAGAUAUGACCCACCUCACCAGGACAGAUUAGAUAUGACCCACCUCACCAAAGGACAGAGAUUAGAUAUGACCCACCUCACCAGGACAGAUUAGAUAUGACCCACCUCUCCAGGACAGAUUAGAUAUGACCCACCUCACCAGGACAGAUUAGAUAUGACCCACCUCACCAGGACAGAUUAGAUAUGACCCACCUCACCAGGACAGAUUAGAUAUGACCCACCUCUCCAGGACAGAUUAGAUAUGACCCACCUCAUCCAGGACAGAUUAGAUAUGACCCACCUCACCAGGACAGAUUAGAUAUGACCCACCUCACCAGGACAGAUUAGAUAUGACCCACCUCACCAGGACAGAUUAGAUAUGACCCACCUCACCAGGACAGAUUAGAUAUGACCCACCUCACCAGGACAGAUUAGAUAUGACCCACCUCACCAGGACAGAUUAGAUAUGACCCACCUCACCAGGACAGAUUAGAUAUGACCCACCUCACCAGGACAGACUAGAUAUGACCCACCUCCACCAGGACAGAUUAGAUAUGACCCACCUCCACCAGGACAGAUUAGAUAUGACCCACCUCACCAGGACAGAUUAGAUAUGACCCACCUCACCAGGACAGAUUAGAUAUGACCCACCUCCACCAGGACAGAUUAGAUAUGACCCACCUCACCAGGACAGAUUAGAUAUGACCCACCUCCACCAGGACAGAUUAGAUAUGACCCACCUCACCAGGACAGAUUAGAUAUGACCCACCUCCACCAGGACAUAUUAGAUAUGACCCACCUCACCAGGACAGAUUAGAUAUGACCCACCUCAUCAGGACAGAUUAGAUAUGACCCACCUCACCAGGACAGAUUAGAUAUGACCCACCUCACCAGGACAGAUUAGAUAUGACCCACCUCACCAGGACAGCUGGUAUAGUUAGAUUAUAGAUAGUGUAGGCCUAGCUCUGUUGCCCUUUAGUACUGCAGGGUAGAGGUGUCUGGGGUUGUUGUAUUGGUAUUGAUCUGUUAUUGCUUUCACCUAUAGUCCUUUCAGAUCAGAGAUUGACCAUGGGAAGUGUAAAGAUCCUUGGUCCAUGUCAGUAUAGGAAAGAGUGGGAAGUGUAAAGAUCCUUGGUCCAUGUCAGAAAUAGGAAAGAGGGAGGGGUCAAGAACCCUAGUCCAUAGCUGUGUUCGAAUACCCAUACUAACAUAUACUGUAUACGACAUACUUAAUGAGUAUAUACUAUAUACUAUUAGUUUAUUUUACUAUACUGUAAACUAACGGUAUCCUUUCAGUUGAGCGUACUAGCGCUUCGCCUGUCUACCGGAAGUUGAUGCUGUUGCUAUGCAACCUCUUGCUAGCUUGUUAGCAUAACAAAUGACUAGCUAGACGUUUUACGAUUUCGGGUGUGUUCGUAAAUUCAAUCUGGAGUGCCAGAGUGCGUAAAUUCAGAGCGUUGUCAGAUUGUCUGUUCGCUGAGGAGUAGGGUUGAUACGAGCGUUCUGACCUCACAACGGCGGUCAAGCGCCCAAGCUAACUGGCUAAGUAGCUUGUGGCUAAGUAGCUUGCUAGCUACUUCCAGCCACAAAUGAGAGAACACCUCACUGACCAUUUUACUCACCCUAGCAGAGCUGAUUAGGCUCUUUUCAUGUUAUCCAGAGCGUUGUUGGCUGUAACUGUGCUGCUGGCAACAAUUUAAUUACGCUUGUUUUUGCCAACGUUUACUGACACCGGACAUAUUCAACGGGUGUUGAGCGUUCGUAAAUUCAUCAGUUAUUCUGCGCUCUGGCACACUCAGACGAGUGCUCUGAAAUCGAAGUAGAUAGCCAUAAUUAACCAUGUCCAUUGAGAACUCACAACGACUAUACGACUUAGCUAAGAAUGACGUGAAUAAUCAAAGCAAUAAAUGUUGGGUAGUUAGUUCGAUAGCAUAUAGUUAAUAUACUUCCUGGCAAGUUCGAUGUAUUAGUAGCCAACUAACGUUAGGACGGUAACUAGCUAACAUACCGGUACAUAAUGUAAUGCUAUGCGGUUCGUAAGGAUAGCGUAGCUAACAAAUUGUCAGCCAACAUUUUCUUCAAAUCUGAAAACGUUGUGAAGCCACGCCCAUUAUGGGCCCUAAAAGCACAGAAAUAGUGUCCACUGCUUGUAUACUUCGUAUUUUGGCGAACUUUUGGCAUACUAACUAUAUCCAUACUAUGACCAAUAAGCAUACUACAUAUUACAUUUAUGUCACAAAUAGUAUGGUUAGUGCAGUUAGUAUGAGUAUUCGAACACAGCUCAGUAUAGGAAAGAAGGAGGGGUCAGGGAGAGGUGUAUGUUUUCCUCACUUCCUCCUCGUGUGGUCUGAGAUUCCAGGCUUAGCUGUUUUUCCACGGUUUGCAUCCGUAAAUACCCGCGUUGUCACGGUGAUAUCAGACAGGAGCUAUACUUGGUGAACGUGUGUGUCUGAGGCCUAUAUUAAAUUUCUUUGCAGUUCUUUUUCCCUCUGUCAGUGGAAUGUCACGAGACACUAACACUCCUGUCUCAGGGCCGCUGCAUUUGGCAAGCUGUCUGCCGAUUGUUACCAAACCCAUUCCUAGUAUAGAAUCUCUCUCUCUUCUCGUCUCUUCUCUCUCUGUUCUCUCUCUGUCUCUCUGUCUCUCUCUCUCCUCUCUUCUCUCUCUCUCUCUUCUCUCUCUCUCUUCUUCUCUCUCUCUCUCUCUUCUCUCUCUCUCUCUCUCUCUGUUCUCUCUCUCUGUUCUCUCUAGGUACCUGGUGAACCUGGGCUGUAUCAAGCCUCUGUGUGACCUGUUGACAGUGAUGGACAGUAAGAUAGUCCAGGUGGCCCUGAACGGUCUGGAGAACAUUCUGAGACUGGGAGACCAAGAGGCCAAGCAGGAUGCAGGACCCAACGGUACCGGCAUCAAUCCCUACUGCUCUCUCAUAGAGGAGGCCUAUGGUACGUAUAUACAAACAUCAAUCCCUACUGCUCUCUCAUAGAGGAGGCCUCAGUUCAUUCAGGAAGUAUUCAGACCCCUUGACUUUUUCCACAUUUUGUUACGUUACAGCCUUAUUCUAAAAUUGUUUAAAUUGUUUUUUUUCUCCCCCUUAUCAAUCUACACACAGUACCCCAUAAUGACAAAGCAACAACAGUUUUUUAGACAUUUUUGCCAUUGUGUAAAAAAAGAAUUACUGAAAUAUUACAUUUACAUAAGUGUUCUCAGACCCUUUACUCAGUACUUUGAUGAAGCACCUUUGGCAGUAAAUACAGCCCCUAGUCUUCUUAAUUAAUUAUUAAUUUAAUUAAUUAAUUAAUUAAUAGUCCAGGUUCUUGGGUAUGACGCUACAAGCUUGGCACACCUGUAUUUGGGGAGUUUCUACCAUUCUUCUCUGCAGAUCCUCUGAAACUCUGUCAGGUUGGAUGGGGAGCGUCGCUCCACAGUUAUUUUCAGGUCUUUCCGGAGAUGUUCGAUCAUGUUCAAGUCCGGGCUCUGGCUGGGCCACUCAAGGACAUUCAGAGAAUUGUCCCGAAGCCACUCCUGCGUUGUCUUGGCUGUGUGCUUAGGGUUGUUGUCCUGUUGGAAGGUGAACCUUCGCCCCAGUCUGAGGUCCUGAGUGCUCUGGAGCAGGUUUGCUCCGUUCAUCUUUCCCUCGAUCCUGACUAGUCUCCCAGUCCCUGACGCUGAAAACAUCCCCACAGCAUGAUGCUGCCACCACCAUGCUUCACCGUAGGGAUGGUGCCACCAUGCUUCACCGUAGAGAUGGUGCCAGGUUUCCUCCAGACGUGUGACGCUUGGCAUUCAGGCCAAAUAGUUAAAUAUUGGUUUCAUCAGACCAGAGAAUCUUGUUUCUCAUGGUUUGAGAGUCAUUUUGGUGCCUUUUGGCAAACUCCAAGCUGGCUGUCAUGUGCCUUUUUACUGAGGAGUGGAUUCCGUAUGGCAGCUCUAUCAUAAAGGCCUGAUUGGUGUAGUGCUGCAGAGAUGGUUGUCCUUCUAGAAGGUUCUCCCAUCUCCACAGAGGAACUCUGGAGCUCUGUCAGAGUGACCAAGGCCCUUCUCCCCCGAUUGCUCAGUUUGGCCGGGGGCGGCCAGCUCUAGGAAGAGUCUUGGUGGUUCCAAACUUCUUCCAUUUAAGAAUGAUGGAGGCCACUGUGUUCUUGAGGACCUUCAAUACUGCAGAAAUGUUUUGGUACCCUUCCCCAGAUCUGUGCCUCGACACAAUCCUGUCUCGGAGCUCUACGGACAAUUCCUUCGACCUCAUGGCUUGGUUUUUUCUCUGACAUGCACUGUCAACUGUGGGACCUUAUAUAGAUAGGUGUGUCCUUCCAAAUCAUGUCCAAUCAAUUGAAUUUACCACAGGUGGACUCCAAUCAAGUUGUAGAAACAUCUCAAGGACGAUCAAUGGAAACAGGAUGUACCUGAGCUCAAUUUCGAGUCUCAUAGCAAAGGGUCUGAAUACUUACGUGCAAAAAUGUCUACACCUGUUUUUAGCCUUGUCAUUAUUGUGUGAAGAUGGUUGAGAAUAAAAAAAAUAAUUAUCAAUUUUAGAAUAAGGCUGUAACUUAACAAAAUGUUGAAAAGGUCAAGGGGUCUGAAUACUUUCUGAAUGCACUGUAUAUGCAAACACGUUCAUACAGUACAGACACACACACUUCCGUAUACAUACACUUACAUAAAUCUGCCAUGUGUAUGAAUAAAUCAUGUUGACCUUUCCCCUUCUCCUCCUCCCCAUCUCCAGGUCUGGACAAGAUAGAGUUCCUUCAGAGCCAUGAGAACCAGGAGAUCUACCAGAAGGCCUUUGACCUGAUAGAGCACUACUUUGGAGUGGAGGAUGAGGACCAGAGCCUGGCUCCUCAGGUGGACCAGGCCAACCAGCAGUUCCUCUUCCCCCAGCAGGAGGCACCCAUGGAGGGCUUUCAGCUA